CGCCUCCUCUCUGGACUCUCACACACACACACACACUCACACACUGAAGCUCUAAAGCGUUAUCUUUCGGACGAAUAGAACUGUAUAUUUCACACAUUCCCAAUCCCAUCACAGAAGAGACAGCCCUGGACCGCAGUUGCAAGCAUGUUCACAUAUGGAGGGAUCUCAGCACAGAUCAGUGCUAACAGGCUAAAGGCGGAUGGCGUGGGCUCUUUUGAGCAGGCCUUACACUUCCAGAACCAGGAUUUUGAGGCCCUCAAACAGGAAUGUUUGGAAGGGGGCUACCUGUUUGAAGACCCCUGCUUUCCAGCCGAACCGCCCUCGCUCGGCUUCAAAGAACUCGCUCCACAUUCCUCCAAAACCCAAGAUGUGGAGUGGAUGCGCCCUACGGAGCUCUGUGAUGAUCCUCAGUUCAUUGUGGGAGGAGCUUCGCGGACCGACAUCUGUCAGGGAGCUCUGGGUGACUGCUGGCUCCUCGCUGCUAUAGGUUCUCUGACUCUGAAUGAAAAACUCCUCCACAGGGUCGUACCUCUAGGCCAGAGCUUUCAGGAUGACUAUGCUGGAAUUUUCCACUUUCAGUUCUGGCAGUUUGGCGAGUGGGUCGACGUUGUGAUUGACGAUCGACUCCCGGUCAAAGACGGGGAGCUCAUGUUUGUCCAUUCAGCAGAGGGAAAUGAGUUCUGGAGUGCCUUGGUUGAAAAGGCCUAUGCAAAGCUAAAUGGCUCCUAUGAAGCUCUCUCUGGAGGCUCCACCACUGAGGGAUUUGAGGAUUUCACCGGAGGGGUCUCAGAGAUGUACGAGCUCCGGAAAGCUCCGAGAGACCUGUACCGAAUCAUCAGCAAAGCCCUGGAGAGAGGCUCCCUGCUGGGCUGCUCUAUUGAUAUCACCAGUGCCUUUGACAUGGAAGCGGUGACGUUUAAGAAGCUGGUUAAGGGCCACGCUUACUCAGUGACUGCUCUCAAACAGGUGGAAUAUAGGGGCCGUACGGAGAGGCUUAUCCGUAUCCGUAACCCGUGGGGUCAGGUAGAAUGGACGGGGGCCUGGAGUGACAACUCUCCUGAAUGGGACGAGAUCGAUCCAUCUGAAAAGGAUGACUUGCACUUACAGAUGGAGGAUGGCGAGUUCUGGAUGUCAUUCAGCGAGUUUUUGCGGCAGUUCUCCAGGCUGGAGAUUUGUAAUCUGUCCCCUGAUGCUUUGAGUGAUGAGGACCUGAGCCACUGGAACACCAUCAAGUUUCACGGUGCCUGGCGGAGAGGAAGUACCGCAGGAGGCUGCCGAAAUCAUCCCAACACAUUUUGGAUCAAUCCACAGUAUAAGAUCACGCUGCUGGAGGAAGAUGAUGACCCGGAGGAUGAAGAAGUGGCCUGCAGCUUACUGGUGGCUUUAAUGCAGAAAGACCGCAGACGGCACCGCCACCACGGCCAGGACAUGCACACCAUCGGUUUUGCGCUCUACGAGAUUCCUGAAGAGUACGCCGGCUGUCAGAAUGUGCACCUUAAAAAGGACUUCUUCCUGACAAACUCAUCGAGCGCCCGCUCCGAGACCUUCAUCAACCUGCGCGAGGUGAGCACCCGUCUCCGCCUCCCUCCUGGGGAAUACAUCAUCGUCCCCUCCACCUUCGAACCCAGCAAAGAGGCUGAUUUUGUCCUGCGAGUCUUCACAGAGAAGCAGUCAGAGACAGAGGAGUUGGAUGAUGAUAUUUCAGCUGACCUGGAGGAUGAGGCAGAAAUUACAGAGGAUGACAUUGAUGACUCUUUCAAGUCCAUGUUUCAGCAGCUGGCUGGAGAGGAUAUGGAGAUAUCUGUCCGUGAACUCAAGACUAUUCUCAACAGAGUAGUGUCCAGACACAAGGAUCUGAAGACAGACGGCUUCAGCAUGGAGUCCUGCAGAACGAUGGUCAACCUCUUGGAUAAAGAUGGUAGUGCACGUUUGGGUUUAGUAGAGUUUCAGAUCCUCUGGAACAAAAUAAGGAAGUUGCUGGGGAUCUUCAGAGAGUUUGAUAUUGAUAAGUCAGGGACAAUGAACUCUUACGAGAUGCGUAUCGCUGUAGAAUCAGCAGGUUUUAAACUCAACAAUAGACUCAACCAGAUCCUUGUUGCCAGAUACGCUGAGAAUGAUGUCAUCGAUUUUGAUAACUUUGUUUGCUGCUUGAUCAAACUCGAGUGCAUGUUCAGAACUUUUCAGCAGUUGGACAAAGAUGGAACAGGAACGGCUGACAUGAACUUGUCUGAGUGGCUCUUUAUGACCAUGUGUGGUUGAAGUAAACCAUUUCAUUAAUGUCCAACUCCAGAACCUGCUGCAAAGUGCCUCAAUGCAACAAUCUCAUUUCCACUAUAACCUCAUUAGAAUAAAGUACUUCUAGUUUUUUAAAGAAUUUAUUAAUACAACAUAUUACAGUUACACUACAAAGGAAACCUAUCUAGUGUGAAAUGCAGAAGAGGACCUCCAUUCACCGCUUCCCUAGGACUGAUGGAAUGGCUGAGAAACAUCAUGUGCAUGGGAUAAAUAUCAAGUGAGCUUCAAGUUUUGCAUUUGUCCUAAAAGAAGACCUGCCUUUAUUUCUAAAAGAUUGUGUACUGACAGUGCCAUAGUGUACUUCAUGUUCUCCUAAAAGGUGAACUAAUGCAUCCUAUUAAAACAGCUUUAGAUGCAGAAUGCAACACUUGUGUAGACAUUGUCACUGACUUCCUAUGAUCGGAGUUUUAGAAUAAACUCUGUUGUUAAAAUUGAACUUGUUUCAUUUCA